AUGGCUCCAGAAUCUGCACCGUUCGACAUCGUGUCGACAUACAAUGACCUCCUCAAAUCCGAUCCCGACAUUACCAUGCCCAUAGCGGCUAUUGAAGCUCUAGUCCUUCUCCUCACACAUUCACCAUCGUCUACGAUUUCAGAAACACUUGAUCUUCUGGCAAAACACACCGCCAUCUUGAAAAAUGCCAUCCCAAAUCCUAUUGCCCUCUCCGCCGGUACAGAUCUGUUCCAACGAUAUCUCAUCACGACACUACAAAGGCCGGGCCAGUUAGGACCUGCGGGGGAUUUCAACGCUAUUAGAGCGCAUCUGCUAUCAAACGGACGACUUUUCAUUAAGCGAGCGAAGGAGAGUCGAAACAACGUGGCUGCUUUUGGAAAGGGAUUCGUCCGUGAUGGAAGUACUAUUUUGACAAACGGUGGCUCUAGAGUAGUGUCAGCUUUGCUGCAAAAGGCAGCUGAUGAAAAGAAUGGACAGUCCGCAGUUCGAUUCAGGGUCAUUUAUGUGUUAUACGGUAUCAAUGACGCCGAUAAUCUUUCGGUAGAACCGGAAGGCCUGGCGACUGUUCGCGCCCUCAGAGCGCGAGGUGUGCCUGUUGCUACGAUACCCGAGUCUGCCGUCGCUUACUCACUUGGCAAAGUUGAUACUGUGAUUGUGGGUGCGGAAGGUGUCGUGGAGAAUGGUGGCGUCGUCUCACGUAUGGGAACUUAUCAGAUUGGUUUACUAGCAAAAGCCAUGGGUAAGCCAUUUUACGUCGUCGCCGAGAGUCACAAGUUUGUCCGUUUAUACCCCCUUGGACAGUACGACCUUCCAAUUGAGCAACAUGUCAUCAACUUCAAGACGGAAGAAGAUGUGGCGGCAGAGGAAGCAAGCCGUUCUACGGAGACUAAGGGGACGACUCCGGGGACUGGAGUGUCGUCGGAGGAAAAAGCUAAACACAUGGCUGCUCUUUUGAACGGUGCACCAGCAGACAAGCCAGAUGGUAACACAAUGCGCCGGGAUGCGGUAGACUACACUCCUCCGCAUUUGAUUACGGCGUUGAUUACAGAAAGUGGUGUGCUCACUCCAAGUGCAGUCAGUGAAGAACUGAUCAAAAUCUGGUUCUGA